AUGCCUCCUCCUGCUGGGGAUCCUUUUAAGGGCCCUGCGAUGCUUCCUUCUCCUGGAGACCGCUUUGGUACCCCUGAGAUGUCCUCUUCUCAACAACAGAAAAGAUUUGGGGAUUUUGAUGGUCCGCGUCGGGAUAAUUGGAGCCAUGCUGAUAAAGACAAUUUUGGUGCUGCAGAUAUUCCCUUACAUGACAAUCGAGAUAACCGGGUUCCCUUCAGUGAUAGGUGGGGCUCAGGUGAUAGAAAAGGGAGACCUGACUGGCCACGGGGGAGAGGUGAUGGGGGGAAUAGGCCUCCUUUGCUGGGAGAUUCUCCUUUAGAGAAGUCUGAAAUACAGGGUAGCACUUCAAAUGUUCCUACUAAAAGUUAUCAAAGCCAAUUCAAGAAGCACAUUUUUAAAGAGACAGAUGUCUCUCUAAGUGCUGAUUCUUUUCCUGGUGAUCAGAAAGAUUCAAAAAAAGAGCAGCAAGAUGUUGAAAUGAAACAAGUGGAUGAGCCCCCGAAGGAUGGUGCACCUAAAAAAGCAGAUGGUUCAGCUGUCCAAGAUGCUUCAAAAACUGAAACCUCACCACCUUCUGAGAUGCACAAACCAGUGGAAGCUGCAGAUACCAAUAAAGAUAAAACAAAAGCUUCAGACUUGCCUAAAACUGAUCCAUCGGGUGACCAAACCUUGCCUGACCUGAGUAAAGUAAAUGAGCCAUUGUCUGCAUCAUCGGUUCAUUCAGAUGCAUCAAAGGGUACUGGUCAAAUAGGGAAUACAAGUACAUCUGAUAAGCGUGAAAUAGAUUUGCCUGGUCUCAGCAAGCCUAUAGUGACACAGACUUCAGCUCCCGAGGCUGCUAAAUCAAAUGUCCCAGUCCCUACCCUAUCCAUGGCCAGUAAGCCAGAAGAGCCUACUGAUAGUUCACGUUCCUUAGGAAAACAGGAUGCUUUUCAGAUUUCUUUCCCUAGUAGGUCAGGUGGUCUGCUCCCCACUCCUACUACUGGGAUAGUUGGCCCUUUUCCACCCUAUGCCACUCCACCAUUCAGGCCACAAGCUCCUCAUUCAAUGCCACCUGUUAGGCCAGGUGACCCUUGGGCUCCUCCAGUUAGGGCAGUUGACCCUUGGGCUGCACCUGUUAGGCCAACUGGACCAAGGGGAGCUCCAAUUAGGCCGGGUGGGCCAAGGGCAGCCCCUCCAAUCAGGCCGGGUGGGCCGAGGGCAGCUUUUCCAGUUAGGCCGGGUGGUCCGAGGGCAGAUCUUCCAAUCAGGCCAGGUGGGCCGAGAGCAGCUCCUCCAGUUAGGCCAGGUGGGCCAAGGGGAGCUCCUCCAGUUAGAAUGGGUGGACCGAGGGCACCUCCUCCCAGUUAGAAUGGGUGGGCCGAGGGCAGGUCAUCCUAUUAGACCUGGUGCUCCUGGGGGACCCUUUUCUGCUUGGGAAGAUCCUCUAGAAAGAAUGGAUCAAGGUGAGGACAGUGACAUUUAUGAUCCUUCCAGGGGAGCUGAUCCUAUGUGUGAGGACCCCUAUAACGAGGAAGAUGAAGAAGCUGUAAUGGGGGAAAAUUAUUCACAUGGUCCAGAGGGUCGUCAUGGCAGACCAGAAUUUCCUGAGGAAGAGGAUGAUGAUGCAGGAGGUUAUUUCCACAAUGAGCCAGGCAGGCCAGGUGGCUUUAGAGAAGAUGAUGCAUCCUUUGAGCCAGAACCUUUUGCGCAGGAUUGGCCAGAAAAUUAUGAUGUGCGAUUUGAUCACCGUGGGAGAGGAAGAGCAAGAGGGUUUAUGCGUGGUCGACCUCCACCCAGACCAGGUAGUCGUGAGGUGAUGGAUGAUUUAGAUGACAGAGGCUUUGAGCCACGAGGGCACUUGCCAGAGGAGAGACCUUCAUUUAGAGAAGGUUUGAAUGAGCCACCGCCAUUUGGCCGAGAGCCUUUCCCUAGAGAACCAAGGUUUCCUGAUAGAGAGAGAUUUUCUGCGGAUCCACCAUUAGAGGCACGAAGAAGGGAUUUUGCACUAGAGGAAGGGAGGUUGGAUGAUUGGGAAAGAGAGAGAUUUUGGAGAGCUCGUGAAUUAGAUAACCUACGAGAUCCAUUUCUGGAUAUAUAUAUGAGAGAUGAACGACUGCCCUUACGGCCACCACACCUUCCUCAUGAUAUAGAUGUAAGACGUGAUCCUUGGUAUGAUCGAUAUCUAGACAGGGACCUAGACAGAGUUAUAAAUCACAACAGGCUAGAAAGACCUUAUGUAUUUGAACUGGAUCUUGAUAGAGACUUUUCCAGGAUUCCAGAAGACCUUGAUUUACCACUUCGGGAUAGAGAGAGGUUGUCAGCUCGAAGGCCUUUGUCUCCACAUCGUCCAUAUUCUCCUGUCCGAGCACGUUCCCCUCUACCUCCACUCCCACCAAUUGAGAGAUAUUUGGAUGAUAGGUGGAGAUUGGAUAGAGAGUUGUCAGAUAGAGAUUUCCGUGAUCGUGGUGAGCUUCGUAUUAGAGAAUAUCCAGAACGCCCUCUGUGGCAUGACGACCGAAAUCCUGAUUUGCUUCCUGAAAGAUCAGAAUUGGAGCUCAAGGAUGGUCGAUGGUAUCCACGUGAAGGAAGAGUGAGCGAAGGCCCGAAUCCACUUGAACCUCAACUUCCUGUUGAUUCAGCUUCAGGGGCUCUUCCUGAACAGCCAGGGUUACCAGGAGGAGAGCCUGGCGCAACAGGUGUUCUAGCACUGAGUCAGCGACAACAUGAGAUCAUUCUGAAAGCGGCACAAGAGCUGAAAAUGCUCAGGGAGCAGAAGGAGCAGCUGGAUAAUUUGAAAAACUUUUUUGGCGAUCCAGAGCCAUCAAACUCGACUGGAAAAAUGGCUGCUGUUCAGGCCAGUGGGAAACUACAACAGCCACUACCUAAUGUUCCUGUGACUGGAAUGGACCCAGCAUCCUCCACUUUGGCAUCUUCAGUAGGUGGUAGAGCUAUUGGUGACCAGUUCAGUGAUCUUUGGGAAGAAGAGAGGAGGGGGGGCCAUUCUGCUGGCCUUCCUGUGGGUUCCAAACUUUCUGGAAUUCACCAAACUGUGGACUAUGCUCAUGGCCGAGAGCUUGCUAUUGGGAAAGUGGAGCAGACUCCCUACGGUGAGCGGGUUAUGCUACUUCCAGAGCCAGCAAUGGACAGAGGUGGAAUACCCCCCUUCCAGAAAGAUUUUUUGAUAGAUUCAUUUGACCGUGACUUCAGGGACCGGGAUCCCUACUAUGAAAGGAUGAAAAGUGCAGAUCGGCGAGAUUAUGAUCGGGAUCGCUUGGAUAGAGACCGAGCUGACCAUGAGAGGGAUCGUGAUCGUCAUUCUAGAGAUGACCGGUCUUCCUACCGUGACAAAGAUGGCUCGAGCCGACGUAGCACCUCAGACAAACCACCAUAUGAUCGGAAGGUGGAUCGGCCGGGAUAUGAGGUGGCCCCCCCAUCGUAUGGAGGAAGAGGUAGGAAUUUCCCAGAGGAACGACCUGUCAUACCACCUCCCUUGCCUGUCCCGCCACCAGAGAAGAAGCCGGAGACCAAAAAUGUAGACGAUCUUCUUAAGAAACCUGGACGAGAGAGUCGGCCUGAUCGUAUUGUGGUAAUCAUGAGGGGUUUGCCAGGAAGUGGGAAAACGCACGUUGCCAAACUGAUUAGGGACAAAGAGGUGGAGUAUGGUGGAUCUGCCCCCAGGGUCUUGAGUCUUGACGAUUAUUUCAUCACGGAGGUGGAAAAGGUUGAAAAAGAUCCAGAAUCAGGGGGAAAAAAAUUAAGACAAAGGUUAUGGAUUAUGAAUAUGAGCCAGAAAUGGAGGAAACGUAUCGUAGCGGCAUGUUGAAGACUUUCAAGAAAACUCUGGAUGAUGGCUUCUUCCCGUUCAUUAUACUGGACAGUAUCCAUGAUCGCGUGCGCCAUUUUGAGCAAUUCUGGAGUGCUGCCAAGACUAAAGGAUUUGAGGUCUAUCUAGCUGAGAUCACUGUGGACACACAGAUCUGUGGAAAGCGAAAUGUGCAUGGCCGAAAGCUGAAGGACAUAAAUAAGAUGUUUGACAAUUGGGAGCCGGCUCCACGUCACAUGAUCCGCUUGGACAUCCGAUCUUUGCUUCAGGAUGCCGCAAUUGAAGAGGUUGAAAUGGAGGAUUCUGAGCCAUCAGUGGAGCCACAAAAAGAUGAGAAGGAGGCAGCUGAAGAGGACGACAACGAUCGGGGCUAUCUUCCGAAAAGCAAGUGGGAGAUGGAUACCUCUGAAGCUAAACUGGAUAAGCUGGAUGGCUUAAAGGUCAACAAGAGGAAGCGGGACUACGAAUCAGUGGCUAGCCGAAUGGAAGAUUACCUACAACUUCCGGAUGAUUAUGACACGCGGGAGUCUGAGCCCGGGAAAAAGAGGGUCAGAUGGGCCGAUCUGGAAGAAAAGAAAGAUGCUGAUCGGAAAAGGGCCAUCGGCUUUGUUGUUGGCCAGACGGAUUGGGAUAAGAUAACUGAUAAAAGUGGACACUUGGCGGAGCGAGCACUGAACCGCACCAAAUACAUUUGA